AUGAGUUAGGAAGUUAGAAACGAGGUCAAACCUGGUCAAUAAAUAUUCAUGUGUGGAGAUUUUAACAAACCACGAGUUCAAAUUACAGGAUUUUAAUAUUGGGUUCAUUAAUAUGCAAAUACCUUCAGAAAAGCGAUUACAUUAGAAAUCUCUUCCUAAGUACAGCCUCGAACUAAUAACUAUUCAAUAAGUUGUCAGAUCCUGCUACCAUAAGCUCAGAUGUAAAAUUUAAAUAUCUCAUCAGCAGGUAUUAAGUUGUUUACUACAAUAAGAAAAAUUUCAUUAAUUUAAAAAAAAUAAAUUGCUCAAAAACGCACAUCUUUUCACUCAAUGAUAUUGCAACAUGCAAAAUAAUUAAAAUAUCAAGAAAUUAUCUGAUAUUCUCUACCAAAGAAAAUGGAAUUCAAAGCCUCGUUGCAGUAAAAAUUUUAUGAAAUUUUCAAAGAUUUCACUAUAAGAGACAAAAGCAAAUAUACAUUUAAGAAUUAAAGCAUAUGACGAUUCUUAAUCCACAGAAGAAAGAAGGAAGUCUAUAUUGCUGCUAUGUUGA